CUAAUCGAAGAUGUCUUGAAGUCUAUUCCAUCUGAGUAUGUUACAGACGUAUCGGUUGAAGAAAUGAACCAGUUCAUCGACAAGUGCGCGGACAGGGACACAUCACAGGAAGGGUCUUCUCUUUUAAAUAGUCUGGGCGAUGCAUUUCAAAGCCUUGUCAUCUUCCCAGGAACGAAGUGGUGUGGUGCCGGUGACGUGGCGAAAAAUUACGAUGAUUUGGGAAAGGCCAGCGACACCGACAGGUGCUGCCGGGAGCACGACCACUCUCAAGACAACAUACCGCCAUUUGGGACGAAGCACAACAUAACGAAUUACUUACCCUACACAAUGACCGAGUGCACUUACGACAAGCAGUUUUUCAACUGCCUACAAAAUGUCAGCAGCCUGGCGUCAGUGACGGUAGGAGUCUUGUUUUUCGACGUGCUAAAAACGAAGUGCUUCGAGUACGGCUAUCCGAGCGAGUGCACGGAACACAACUACUGGCGCCUUUUUUACUAAAAAACCCUUGCGUCGAUGAAGAGCCGGACACGUCCAAACCAAAGGAGUGGCACAUCGAGAGCCCACCGAACUUUUUAGAGACAUACAUCGAGGAAAAGCAGAACGAAACACGUAAGGAAUCUUCGGAGUCGGAGGAGAACGAAGUUUAAUCCUCAACGAAGCAAAAGUGUGGUUUCUAUUAAAUUAUAACAAAUUUCGCUGUGGUUCAGUGUAA